AUGAAUAGACAAGUCAGCAAGACAUCUGGCGGCGGGAGCCAGGGCUUCUCUGGCCGCUCCGCCGUGGUCUCCGGCAGCAGCAGGCUGAGCUGUGUGGCCCGCACGGCGGGAGCCGGAGGAGGGGCCUUUGGGUUCCGGAGCGGAGCCGGCGGCUUUGGCAGUCGCAGCCUCUACAACCUGGGUGGCAGCAAGAGCAUCUCCAUCAGUGUGGCUGGUGGAUCCCGGGCUGGUGGCUUUGGGGGAGGGCGCAGCAGCUGUGUCAGUGGCUUUGGAGGUGGCUACGGAGGUGGAUUUGGUGGUGGCUUUGGUGGUGGCAGAGGACUGGGAGGUGGCUUUGGAGGGGCUGGUGGCUUUGGAGGAGUAGGUGGCUUUGGAGGGGCUGGUGGCUUUGGAGGAGCAGGUGGUUUUGGUGGGCCUGGUGGUUUUGGUGGGCCUGGUGGCUUUGGCCCUGGUGGAUUCCCUGGGGGAAUCCAGGAAGUGACUGUCAACCAGAGCCUCCUGCAGCCCCUCAAUGUGGAGAUCGACCCCCAGAUUGGGCAAGUAAAGGCCCAGGAGCGGGAGCAGAUCAAGACCCUCAACAACAAGUUCGCCUCCUUCAUCGACAAGGUGCGGUUCCUGGAGCAACAGAACAAGGUCCUGGAAACCAAAUGGAGCCUGCUCCAGCAGCAGGGCACAAAUUCCAUCACAGGCACCAACAACCUUGACCCCAUUUUUGAGAACUAUAUCAACUCUCAGCGGAACUACCUGGACAGCAUCCUGGCAGAGAGAGGCCGCCUGGACUCAGAGCUGAGGAACAUGCAGGACCUGGUGGAGGACUUCAAGAAGAAAUAUGAGGAUGAAAUCAACAAGCGUACGGCUGCUGAGAAUGAUUUUGUGACCCUGAAGAAGGACGUGGAUGCUGCCUACAUGAACAAGGUGGAGCUUCAGGCCAAGGUGGAUGCCUUAAUGGACGAGAUCAAUUUCUUGACGACCCUCUAUGAUAUGGAACUGUCCCAGAUGCAGAGCCACGUCAGUGACACGUCCGUGGUCCUGUCCAUGGACAACAACCGCUCCCUGGACCUGGACAGCAUCAUCGCCGAGGUCAAGGCCCAGUAUGAGGAGAUCGCCAACCGCAGCCGGGCCGAGGCCGAGGCCUGGUACCAGACCAAGUUGGGUGAGCUGCAGACCACGGCUGGCAGGCAUGGGGAUGAUCUGAAGAACACCAAGAGUGAGAUCUCGGAGCUCAACAGGCUGAUCCAGCGGCUGCGGGCAGAGAUUGAGAACAUCAAGAAGCAGAAUGCUAAACUGCAGUCCGCCAUUGCCGAAGCUGAGCAGCGUGGGGAGCUGGCCCUCAAGGAUGCCAAUGCCAAACUCCAAGAGCUGCAGGCUGCCCUACAGCAGGCCAAGGAUGACCUGGCCCGGCUGCUGCGUGACUACCAGGAGCUGAUGAACGUCAAGCUGGCCCUGGACGUGGAGAUCGCCACCUACCGCAAGCUGCUGGAGGGCGAGGAGUGCCGGAUGUCUGGAGAGUGCCAGAGUGCUGUCAGCAUCUCCGUGGUCACCGGCAGCAGCACGGCGGCGGCCUCGGCGGGGGGUUACGGAGGCGGUUAUGGCGGUGGCCUCAGCUUGGGAGGCGGCGCAGGCAGCGGUUUCGGCCGGGCUGGUGGCAGCGGAUUUGGCGGCGGCAGCGGCCUUGGCGGCGGCAGCGGCGGCUUCGGCGGCGGCAGCGGCUUCGGCGGCGGCAGCGGCUUUGGCUCUGGCUCCGGGGUUCGCGGAGGGGUCAGUGGUGGAGGCUUCAGCUCUGGCAGCACCCGUGGAGGCAGCGUCACGAUCUCCCAGCGCUCGCAGCUCAGCUCCAGAUAAAUACCGCGCAUGGGCAAGGCAGCCACGCCGGCAUCUCGCAUCCACAUCCGCAUCCGCUUCUCCGCUCCGACAUCAGCGACACCCUCAGCACCUUUCUCCAUCCCCGCUCCAGCCCCCUCCAGGCCCGCUCUUUGGGGCUAGAAGACCGUGGCCUCUCGCUUCUCCAUCAGGAUCCCCGGCCAAAAUCAGCCACGAGAAUUUCAGGCUCUCGCUCUGGCUCCAGCCUGUUCCCUGUGAUUGUCCAUGUGUGGCCACAGCUACCACCUUCUGCUGCUCUUGGGGUCCCCUCCCUGGGUGGAAUGGUCACCACUGUUCUGAUGUACACAACACACAGGCCC